AUUUCAUUUUUAGGCCUUUUAUCACUUACACAACCGCUCGAUCCGCAAGAUUCCACAAGCUCUUCCAAAUUUUGAGUUCCCACGGCUUAUAUCUUUGGUGGAGCUUGAGCCACCAUCCCGUGCCAUAGCCAAGCCGUGCGAUCACCAUGUGGUAUUCCACGGGAACCAACCCGAGGAUGGCCCUCAUACGUCAGGGCUACCAGAUCCUGGCCGAGUACAACCUGGUGAAGAAGGAGCUGAAGAACAUCUACGCCAUCCCUAGUUAUGCCUGUGGACUGCACUGGUUUGGUGUGAUCUUUGUGCACAGUGGAAUCUAUGCGGGCAGCGUCUUCCGCUUCUCCAUUCUGCUGCCGGAAAAUUUCCCGGAUGAUGUCAUCCUGCCCACCGUAGUCUUCUCGACAGUCAUUCUUCAUCCGCACAUCUGCCCGCAGAACAAAACCCUUGAUCUGUCACCUGUUUUUAAGGAGUGGCGCAAGGAUCAACACCACAUCUGGCACUUGCUGCGGUACAUCCAGGCCAUCUUUGCCGAUCCCGAGGGCAGUAUAUGUACCGGACAAUCCUCCGCGGGUGAUCUCGUCGUCCUGGAUGAGGUCAACAACAUGGAGGCCUUGAACAUGUUGGCCAAGAGUCGGCCCGAGUAUAUAAAACGUGUCCAGGAACAGGCCAUUUCAUCGCGACUUCGCAUGUACGACCGACCAAAGACGGAUGAUCCCCACUAUAUCAUCGUGGAGCCCUAUUGUGCGGAUCGGCAUCUGAAGUUUAUGGAUCAGCUGAAGAGUCCCUGCUGGAAGGAGGCCACUUCAAUGGACUGCUCGCAGCCAUCGGAGUAUCUGGGACACAUCGAUUCCUCAAGGCAGCUGGACGAGGAGGAGAAGAUCCACGUUGGGCAGACACCGGAAUCUCACCGUGAAGAGGUUGUGGUAGAACAGUAGUUAGAUGGAGAAGCAUUUACUUAUACACAACA